AUGGCGGACCAGUGUGGCAUUCCAAUUUCUGAAUUGGAGAUUGGUCUUAAUGAUAAGGGAAAGAAGAGUAAAGCCCAUGCAAAAGAUUCUUCCAGUUCUAUGGCUAUGAAAGGCUCAUCCCCCAAGCAUCAAAACACUACAACUCUCGCAGCAACAAUUCCUGUCUACUCCCAUGGAGGUCAGUGGGCUGGUAGCUGGGAUGAAGGAGGGAAGCUGACAGAUUCCUUUAGGGGGGUGGCAGGUUCUUUUCCUGUUGAUAAGACAGGUGCUUUUUUGCCUUCUGCCCAAAAUGAGGGAAAAGCUGAUGGAAGGAAAUGGCCAACCCAAAAGCCAAAAUGGAGACAAAUAGUCCAACCUGGCAAUCAGGCUAACCCAUCCUCAAAGGAACAUGAAAUUUCCAGAAGCCACGUGAAAUUGAAAUACUGCAAACCAGCUAAAGAUGGAGACGAAAUAUUUGUAUCUCCUCCAAACGAAGUAGCUCAAAAGGGUUAUAGCAACUGGGAACAUUGCUUGGUUAGCUAUUUUGUAGAGAAAAAACUGCCUUAUUCUGUGGUCAAUGCCAUAGUUCACAAGAUAUGCGGUCAAAUGGGGCUCAUGGAG